GCUACUUACCUAGCCCUGUGCUAGAAGUCUCUUGUGUAUUUGACGUGUGGCCUUGAAACCCACAACAUCAAAACAACGAUGGCCGCUUCCUGCCUUCGGCCGGCACCCACGGCCUCGGCGCAGAUGAUGACUCGCUCGCCAGUGGCUGGCUUGCCGCGCCCUUGCUCAGCUCUCCAGCGCUCAGGAUGCACGCUUCAAGGGGCAUUUGGAACGUUUGCGCCCCAGACAACCCGGACGUUCGUGGUGACCUGGGCCAAAGGGGGCGUAAUGGACGCACCCACAACAACUCAACAGCCGGCCAGCGGGGUUGAGCGCAGCCAGAAGCGGCCACCUAUCUAUAAAGUCCUCCUGCACAAUGACAAUUAUAACAAGCGCGAGUACGUGGUGAAGGUGCUGCUGAAGGUGGUUGAGCAGAUCACCGUCGAUGACGCGGUGACCUGCAUGCAGGAGGCACACGAGACUGGCGUUGCGCUGGUUGUUGCCUGCCCACAGGACAACGCAGAGCGCUACUGCGAGGGCCUGCGCCUCAACGGACUCACGUCGACCAUUGAGCCGGGUGGCUGCUAAAGCCAGCGGGCAUAGAGUGCCGCCCUGAAAUUUUUGGUGCCAUAGCGUGGCCAACUAGGGGUGGCGUUCUGGGCAGGACUCGGAAGGGAGCAGUGGCAGUGGCAGCUGAGCGAAAUCCUCCGUGAGUACGGUACUGACGCACUCCGCACGGCGGAGUGCGAUGUAUACUAUGCAUUACGUUUGCGUGUUCGAAGAGUGACGGGAUGAGUAAUGCCUAUUGUAAGAAUGAGUAGAGGCGAGUGAGCAGCGCGCCGAUGGGGUGCCCCAGCACGCACAGCACCACGCACUUUCGCCUUAAGUAUGUUCAUGGUCCGUACUGAGCGCCCACGCCACUGGUACGGCCUGUAGAGGAACGUGAUCCAUUUUCAAACGACUGUGAGACAGAUGCGACGGGAACGUGCGGGUUUAUGUUUGUGGAAUGGUGCCAAAAACAGGAUACGGUGCUGAUACGGCUGAGCGUGUCUAGCGAAGUGUUCGAAGCUUUCUUUGCUUUGGUGGUGCUUGAGCGGUGCGGGGUAUUGUGUAUGCUGUCUGUGUGAGAAGACGCUAGAAGAUAUCCCGAAUGAGAGGAGAGGCAGGCAAUGAGUUUGUUUAGCCAAGGAGAGGCAGGCAAUGAGUUUGUUUAGCCAAGGAUGACACGGCGGAGAAGGGACAGACAUGCGGAAUCCGUCAUCAGACGGUUCAGGGUUAGGGGGCCCUUGUAUACGCACGCACGGGUUUAUGAAGUGGGGCAGCCGGAAUCAACUGGUCAACAGAAGUAUAGCACUUUCGCCAGUACAUUUAACCCUGAUUCGGUU